CAAGAAUUUAUAAUUUACAAUUUUAAUUAAUGAUAGCAACAAAAUAAAAGUCCCUAGUGUCAGAACUGUCAUCCUCAUUCUCCGAUUUUCCGAAAUUUUCUUUCGGUGCUGUUCAUUAAAAAAGAAAGCUCAUUUUCACACAACUAAACACCUCAUCCUGUUGACCCGAAAUGGCUGCAUUACGUGGAGUGUCCCGCCUUCUCACCCGUCGCGCCCUCAACACGGCCCCCAAGCGAGGUUAUGCUGAUGAAAUGAGCUUCACAUUCGCUGCUGGAAAUCAAGUAUUUUACGAUGCCCAGUCUGUGAGGCAAGUGGACGUCCCCUCUUUCUCUGGUUCGUUCGGUAUUUUACCGAAACAUGUCCCCACAUUGGCUGUCUUGAAGCCGGGGGUUGUCACCGUUUUUGAGAAUGAUGGCAACGUUAAGAAGAUUUUUGUUUCAAGCGGAACUGUUACUAUUAACGAAGAUUCCUCAGUUCAGGUUUUGGCAGAGGAGGCUGCACCUGUUGAAAACAUUGAUAUUUCAGCAGCUAGGGAGAUCCUCAGCAAAGCUCAAGGGGAACUAUCCUCUGCCGCAACAGAACAGGCCCGAGCUGAGGCUUCUAUCGCUAUUGAGGUCGGAGAGGCACUCGUUAAAGCUGCCGAAUAAAUGCUUGUGUACAUUUAGAUUUAAUUAUAAUAAAACUAAUACAAAGUAGAA